UGGAUGGUUCUCUUUUGUUCUCCUCUGUCCCUAACUGCUGUGCCCAAACGUGAAUGCCAACAUUUCCUUUCGUCGUCCCCUUUUCACAUACGGGGACGGCGGCCGGAAAAUCAUCCACCACCAACCCCCAUCAAUACAUAAAAUAAGAACAACAACAACAACAAUCGUUGCCAUUUAUUUAUAUCUAACCGGGGCGACUCACUCAGCCAUCAAUAAGAUCGAUCGAUCGAUCGGUCGAUCCUCAUCAACAUGGCUGCAGCAAUGAACCCAUUUCAGCUUCUCGAGAUUAACAUAAUCUCUGCCCAAGAUCUUCAGCUACACUCCAAAAAGAUGAGGUCUUUCGCCACCGCUUGGGUCCACACCAACCGCAAACUCACCACCGUAACCGACACCCAAGGUGGAAACAAUCCCACUUGGAACGAUAAAUUCGUCUUCCGAAUCGACGAGGAAUUUCUUCGCCGGGAUACAUCCGCCGUCAUGAUCGAGAUUUAUUCCGUUGGCUGGUGGAAGAACACCUUAAUCGGAACUGUCAGGGUACUCAUCGGCAACCUCUUUCCCCCACAAUCCGCCGCCAAACGCCACCAAGCCCAACGUGGCAUGCGAUUUGUCGCCCUCCAGGUUCGCCGCCCUUCCGGAAGGCCUCAGGGAAUUCUCAAUAUCGGAAUUACCGUUCUCGACCCAUCGAAGCGAAGCAUGCCUCUUUAUAACCAUUUAGCAGCCUCCUCCGCCGCCUCUGCAGUUGGGUUUCGCGAUUUGAUGGAAGAGAACGGCACCGGUGGCUGGAACCAGAAAGCUGGAAGCUUUUUACCACCUCCCGUCGAACCUGUGCUCCGGCGGUCUAAGAGCGAGCGUAGCGACUGGUUUCCAAACGACAACGAUGGGUCCAUUAUUAGCAUAUUGACAAAGGAAGAUAUGUUUGGGAAACUCGAUUCAACCCCAUGGCAGGGUAAAAAGAAAGGUAAGUCGAGCUCUGUUAUAAACGGGUCGGAGUUAAGAGACAAUAUAAAGGAGACGGGUCCUAAGAAGAAAUCAAGCUCUGUCAUCAAUGUCCCAAUAUUAUUUAGCCGAAAAGAAACUCGGACCGAUCCCAAACCCGGUCAGAAUCAACCCGAAGACCCACCCAAGGAGAAAGAGAAGCCGCCACAUGCAAUAAAAUCGACGAAAUCAUCGCCCAAACCCGUUCCGGGGAAAGCAGUGGCCAAGUAUUCACACCACGGACCGAAGGGUUCAUCCGUAGUAAACGGUAACAAUGGAGCCCCGAGAAAGGCCAAUUCAAUAUGGUCGGAUUCUGAGGUGGGUCCAUCACCUUCGGAAGUGGCGGCAGUUAUGGCCUCCCGACAGAGACGUUACCCGUUGGACGACGAUAAGAGCUCGAUGAUGGACGGGUGGAGUAUGGACGAAAGCGAAGAAGGGCUUAGGUCAAAGAUGGAAAGGUGGCGAACCGAACUCCCACCGUUGUAUGAUCGUAGUUUCACCGAAAGCAGCUGCCGGGAUGCUGCCGGGAUGUUUUCGUGUUUUGGGAACGUAUGUGGGUUAGAAUGUCAAAUUGUUUGCGGUAAGCCACCAGAAGAAACUAAACCCACCCGUAAUGAACGAAAUCAAUAUCAGAGUCCGUUUCGGAAUGGAGGUCAGUCAGCUGGUCGGUAUGAAAGCCCUUACGGAAAUGCGGGUCGGUAUGAAAGCCCUCAAGGGAAUGCGGGUCGGUAUAAAAGCCCUCGAAGAGGAGGGAAUGGGGGUCGCUAUCGAAGUCCUCAAGGCAAACAGGGUCGGUCGGGUGAACGGUAUAGAAGCUCGCCCGACAAUGUUGGUCGGACAGCUAAUCGGUUUCGAAGCCCAUAA